AUGAAUCCUGGUGAUUUCAUCUUGAGGCUACUUUUCCUGGUUCAGACUGGGAUUGGAGUGGUGGGAAAUUCCUUUCUUCUCUCAGUCUAUGCCCCUACAUCCUGUACGGGCCAUGUACCAAGGCCCACACACCUGAUUCUCACCCACAUGGCUGUGGCCAACUUCUUGGUUCUGCUUUUCAAGGGGAUUCCACACAUGAUGCUAAUCUGGGGAAUAACACCCACUCUGGGAAACGCAGGAUGCAAACUUGUCUAUUAUAUCCACAGAGUGGCCCGGGGCCUUUCUCUCUGCACCACUUGCCUCCUGAGCAACUUUCAGGCCAUCACCAUCAGCUCCAGACCAGGAGGGAUGAUAGGCCUUAACCACCAAGCUUGGAAGAGCAUUAGUUUCUCCUGUGUUCUGUGCUGGAUCUUCAACUUGUUGAUGAAUAUCUUUAUUCCUAUAAAUAUGGAGGGCCUUCAACAUGGCCACAACUCUACCAAGCUACUUGACUAUGGUCUAUGUUCUUCCAGAGAUUCUGAAACAAGUACUCUAAGAUACACAUUUCUAAUGACACUGGCAGAUGUUGUGUUCCUGGCACUCAUGGCUGGGGCCAGUGCCUACAUGGUGCUUCUCCUACAUACACAUCAGCAGACAGUGAAGCACAUUUACAGCACCAACAAAUCCCAUAGAUUCUCCCCUGAGGCAAAAGCCACUCAAACUAUCCUGAUUCUAGCAAGCACCUUCAUUGUGUUUUAUUUAACCAAUUCUUUUCUUACCAUUUAUAGUACUCUCAUUUUAAAAUCUCGCCUCUGGCUGCAGCAUACAAAUGCAUUUCUGGCAGCCUGUUAUUCCACCAUCAGCCCCUUGAUACUGAUGCUGCGAGAUCCUCAAACAUCAAACUGCUGCUCUUAA